CACUCACGCAACUCGCGACUCGGCCGCCGUGCGCUGCGAUCGCGCGCGCUGUCUCUCGCCGCUCGGGCCAUGUGUGAUGUUUUCAUCACAAGCCAUCUGUCAACCGUCGACUCUCGUCUCCCGACAUGAAUGAACAACUUAUCUAAACGCGAAGAUAAGUGCGCCGCGGCUCGUAGCACCCACCAAAGACAGCUUUCGCCGAGUGUCCAGUUUUUCUCGUAAGCUCGUGGCCGUUGACACUGCAGCGUGCGGAUCCCGCAGUGCGCGAGUGUGUGGUUAAUUGGCGAACUCGAGGGCGUCAGCUGAGUCGCGUAAACAUUGGCGUUGCAUAGCCGCACUCUCGGGACUGUUGCGAUGGCUGGUGCACAGAUAACCUCUGCCUAAAACUAGAUCGCACCUCGUGAGGAGCUCAACAUGCGGCGUCUAAUUCUACUGUUAUUGACAGGGGCGGCGCUGGCCGUCGAAGUUCACUUCGAGAACAAAGACAGCGGGUUCUUCCUGAAGCACACGGCGCGAUGGAGCGGUGCGGGUCCACCUCCCGAACCGAUGGGCACGGCCCUUCCCGGCGCGCUACUGUCUCUCGACAGGUUCACGGUCUUGCAAGGGUCUGCGCCAGCAUCGGUGCGAGCUACUUACGGCCCAUUUUCCACGAAGCAAACCGUGCCAGCUCGAUACGCAGUGCCCGAUCCCCUAGAGCCACCCCGAAGAAAUGCCACACUGUUAGAACUACAAGAAGCGACCGCCCACAGGCUAGAUGUGUCAGCUCAUCUCGUCUUUCGGGAGCUUCCUCGAGAUGCUCCCGUUCUGCGCGUUUUGUUCCACACUGGUGGUGAGGGAGGCGCGCGACGAGCGGCCGCUCGUCCAAGGCGGGUGUGCAUAACUUUACACGCGAGUCUCGGUUCGCGAACGUUAACUGCGACAUGUGGGCCGGAGGGUGAAGAGGGCGCGUGCUUAGCCGAGUUGACUGUGCCAGCUGCGUGGUGGCCCGCUGAUGGAAAGGGCAAGCGUCCUCCGCGGACUGUGAAGCUGGCAUAUAGCGCUGCGGAAGCGGGAAGUGGCGAGACAGGUGACGGGGCCUGUGGACGAGUGUCUGUGCAACCAGCCUGGCCCCUGGGCUCAGUGACGCUGGCCGGCGCCCGCGCUGGCUACCGCGAGGCCCGAGCUGGAGACGCUGCCUUGCUGUUACCGCGAGCACCAUUGUAUCCACACUCAAGACUGCAUCUUCCCUUUGUUGUGCGCCGAGACACCAGCCACACUAUUGGACAUGUCGUUAUCAGAAUGAAAGUGAAGUCCGGCCUUCGGUUGGUGAGCGUGACCGCAGCCAACUCGCGGUGGGCGGUGACCGCGGAGGUGAAGCAGCGGGCUGCGACCGUCACCGCAACGCGACUUGAACAGCCGCUGCAGGAUGACGAUGGAACUGACACAGCGGUGGAAGAAACCAGUGGUGCAGGAGGUCCAGGCUGGGAAGAGAUCCUGACGUGGCUAGUCGAAGUUGGAGCUGAAGGUGAAGGCGACACUGAGGGAUCUGAAGGCGAAUCUGGCCGGGGGACAGCACGCUUGAGCUGGUCCGCCAGGGUCUCCACCAACCCAGGGUCCACGUCCACCACGGAGGAACCCCCGCAUGAGCAUCGCGUCAACACUCGCCUGGACAUCGAAAAGGAUGAUAUUCAAGCAGUCCUGCCUAUAUCAAAGAAUUGGGAAGUGCUGAACACAGCGGUUCUGACUGGCCGCCAAGUGUCUCAAGCCAUGAAGGUGCUCAUCGUGUCUCAGGCUGGACAGGUUGCUGACGUCACGCUGCAGAGCUCCUGUCAUUCCGAAGAUGAGAGCGUUUUGAAGGUCUCUUCGUCAUGCAGUUCGGUGUACGUAGACGGCUCCGAGAUCCGAGGGUCUUCAAACGCGUCAGUCAUCGUGAAGUACGGAACAUACACUGGCCUCGCUCGGUUCACCGUUUGGAUGCCCGAGUACCCUUUGGAGAUCGACGUGGAUGACAAUAGGCUGUCGCAAAUUAAAGGCUGGAAGGUGUCAGACGAAGCAGGCACGAAAGAUCGGAUGAAGAGGUCGCUGUCAGCUCGAGGAUGGGGUGGUGCGAGGCCAGACGGCACUAACGCUCUGACUGACCAGCGCUCGUGCCGGCUCCGAUACCAGCAGAGUAACGUUGAGGUCUACGCCCGUUUCCUAGCCAAAGACCACGACUCGGGGCGUGUGUCGUACUUCGUGUCUCGUCGCACGUGGCUCAAGGUCACGGAGUUGGUUCUGACCCUGAUGCGUGUCUCCGACCCUCGCAUCGCGUCGCUGCGGGGACGCGUCCUCCAAGGGCGGAGCACUGGCCGCACUGAGGUGCAAGUGCUGUCGCCUAUUACUGGUCGCGUGAUUGGGCUGCGCGAAGUUCGCGUGGUGAACGACAAAGUUUCUAUCUCGCGGCUGCUAGUUCGCGUCAUAUCGGGGCUACAGUUGAACAUUUCCCCCGACUCCGCCAUUACCGAUGGAUACGUCUCGGAAACUACCGUCACUAGGCGACUAACAGCCCAGUAUCAGGAAGGACUACUGGACAUCGAUAUCGAGUUUUCGGACGGCAGUCGUACAGCCCUACGGGAUGUUGCCGUCACAGACUACUUCUUACUGGUCGAGAGCCUGGACCCCGAGGUCGUGGCGUUCGCCCCGAUGCUCGCUUCGAAACACCCACGAGUUAUAGCCGUCGGUGAAGGUAGCGGCGAACUACUCCGUGUGACCCUCUUAACUCCUGAACAAUGCCGCAAUGGUCCUCUUCGUAGGGUAGCCCUCCCAGGGAAAGGCGAUGCGAAGACUCCGGCCAACAUCAAGAACAUUCCUGGUGCUUUGGCCAGCGCUGCUGCGAGUGUGGACGUGGACUUCAGCGGUGGAGACGCUCCUCAGAGACCAGAUACACCACAGAAUGACGAUAUCAUGGUGCGAGGCGGACUCAGGUCUGGGAUCGCGGAUCUCACAGAUAUGCUUAAAGGUUAUGGCAACUCCAACAUGAAGGAUGAGAAUAACCACGAGCCUACAGUGCAGGCGCAGCAGUAUGGCUCCUCGAUCUUCCGCAACAACCCAUCGAUUCAGAAUCGACACCCUCCCGCCAAUAACAUGAGGCCAGUUGAGAUUGGAAUGUCAGUCCUACUUGGAGUAUUCUGCCUGGCUAUUGUGGUUUUUGUCGUAUCCUGUGUCGUUUACGCGUUCCGUCUCAAGCCGACUCGCGCCGAGGGCGGGACCGGGGGCGGGCGGGCAAUGCCGGCGGUGGCGGAGGGCGGACGGAUCCAAGUUGCCGGGCUGGUCGGGACCACGCUUGGGCUGGCGCGCGACAAGCAGUCUAGGGAGUCGACUACCAAUGCUCACGAUUGGGUUUGGCUAGGACGCGCAACCAUCGAGCGCAACGGCAACCGUCACCCGGCCAAUCGCAACUCCACGCAACCUGUCGACAACGGCAAUACCACUGAGAUGCGGAUCACGGCUAAUCCUCUCAACUACAACUACGUAGACCCAGACGACGCUAUACGAGAGAACGGCAACGUCAUGGUGACCAGCUUCGAUAAUCCAAACUCGAUCGAGCUGCCUUCGCAGAGCGAGAAGCGAACGAUUGACUCGACGACGUAUUGCAAGAAACCGGCGAGGCAUGCGCGUACGCAGUCGGGAGACGUUCAUUGGCAGACCGAGCCCGCCGGCCAGGACGACUACCGACCGCCGGUGCCGCCGCACCGAAACUCCUCCACGCCACAGCCGCAAGUGCCAGUGCCACCGCGAAACCCCAAAAUUUUGCCCGAGACCGUCAUGCCUCCUUCAAGGCGGAGCCACUCCCGCAACCACCACAAGAAACACGACCGCGAGCACGAUUCCACCAAGAUAUCUCCGGAAAAUGGCCGCCGCCCCGACAGAAUUAUUGAUCUGAACAAGACCGACGCCCCUUACAUAUCGAGCCGAGACAUGAAAGACUACAAGCGAGACUCACGACCGGAAUUCGACGACAACCCAGUGGAGAAGCUGACCAACAAGGAGGACUGCGCCAGGCUCUUCGAGUUCGACAACGACGCCCCCCUCGUGAUGGAGAACAAGGAUUACAGGGAGAUCGUCGGUCUUAACAGAGGAACUGACGACUCCAGGCGCACGUUCGCUAAGCCUCAAAGUCCUGACUACAUGCACGAUUCGGGAAUAGGACUGCCAGAGGUACAACUGAGGCACAAGCGGACCAAAGAGCCUAAGGGAGAUUUCGUGGAGGCUUCCAGCCAGAACAAAGGCAGCAACUCGCCCGAGGUGAAGCGCGCCACCAUCGUCGGCAACCCGAUGUACUCGCGCGAGCACGCGCCGCGCGCGCCGCCCGCCGAGUCCCUCGGGCUCGACGACCUCCACAUGGACUACGACCAGAUCAUGCACUAUUUCCACAACCUCAAGGAAUCGAACGCCUGAGUAGAGCAGAUCAUUGCAAAGAUCCGGCAGAUAUUGUCUACGUUUAAAUAUCAGCAUAUCAGCAAAGCUCCGAUCGACGUAUUCAAUGCGGCCGCUGAGGCACCGGAGGAUAGUACUGUUGACAACAACAACGCGGACGGUAACACGGCGCCCACGCAGGCGCUAUGCGACUCCAUCGCUCACAAAAACGUUUUCAUGAAAAGACAACUAACCUUUUUAUUGGAACAUCUGAGCGAGGCGUACGAAUAAUUGUUGCAACGUCAAUGUAUUAUCCUCACAAUAUGUGUCUAUCAAUGGAUCCUUGCAGUGAUCGAAAACGAAUAUACAAAAUGUAACUGUUUUAUACAUAAUAUAUUAUAUCGUUAAAACAUAUUUACUCUAGUCAUCUACAAAGCUGCACAUAUUCGAGUAAUUAAUAGUGUGCAUGUAGUUAAUACUCAUUAUGUCAAUGACUAUAAUAGAUUGUAAUACACGCGUUGUAUUAUCUGUAUUGGUAAAAUUAUUCCUGUUUAUCGUGGGCUACUUGAGACAUCUGAAUCUGUAUAUUUGCCUAGCCUAGCGUCGUCGCUACUGUAAUAGUAAUAUCCCGAACCAAAUACAAAACACCCUUGCAUUUGAACUAGAUCUGUACAUAUUUUUCCAUUAGAAAGUAAAAAUGCUACCUCACUUUUGUCUUAACUUUAUAUAUAGCUUAGCUUGUAUCUAUUACAUAAUAUUCGUAUGUAUGAUUCCGCAAACCUAAGCAAAGUUUGUACGUUGUUUUCUCCUUUUCGAAUUAGAUGUUUUGUUUGUUUACCUGAUUGAUAUAAAAUCAAUGAUCCUAUGAGUACGAAUUGCCAGUGUUAGGGAAAUAAUUAUAGUUUGGUAAGGUUAGAGUAUAAGACACAGAACUAGUCAAAUUUAUUAUAAUGUGAGCUUUAAGGCCUCUGGCACACGGUCGUGAGAUCUGUACAAAUUGAAAGUCACGUGAAAGCGUGUUCGUUCAUGUGUUCCGUUUCGAAU